UGGGCGUCUGCGCACUCGCCAGCUGCCGAUGGACUGUCCUGCCGCAGGGACUCGCACUGCCAAGGGCAACCCGCCGCCCAUGUCGUGGCGAAACGGGCCAGCUCGACUUCAGGAUAGCAAUCCAGCCGCUCCAGCGUCAAGGGAGGCCCUCAAUCUCAUUCCCGCCGGCGGCCCUCACCUUCCGAGGCUCUCCCUCGGCAGGCCGUCAUUCACCACCGAUGGCAGUGGUCUCCUUGCCCACGGAUGGGGCGGCGUGCUGGAUGACGACAUGCUGGAGAACGACAUCUUCCGCCUGAACCAGCGCGUUUUCUCUGCCCUCGCCUCACUUGACGACUCCAUCUACCGCACCCUCGGCGAGAUCAAGCUCAAGCCAUCGAGCCUCUGCCUUAUCGUCAAAUCGAAGACCUGCGAUGGUCUGAGGGCGGAGGGACGCGUCAAGAGGGUGACGGGGAUCUGUGACCGGCAGACGGCUGUCCAGAUGGUCGAGAUGGAGGUAAGAUAUAUGUCCAAUCACCUUCCCUCCGUGUGUCUAAUGUCUUUCCCUUUGUGUGUGUGCGUGUGUUUGCAGAACCAGAUGGUCAUUGACGACCAGUGGCUCAAGAUCGCCCCCCUCCGCGCCACUGCUGUCCUCGAGGCAGUCUUCUCCUACAAGACGACCACCUACGUCAAUCACGCUGAUGGAGACAAGGAAGAAGAGGAUGAUGAGGACGUCGCUGCUGACGGAGAUGACGAACCGGUCGAGGAAGAUGAGGAUGACGAUGCGCAGGGCGAGCAUGAGCUGGCUCGCUUCAUGCAGGAAGGUUUCGCUGUGCAUGGGGGGCGGGCUCUGUGCUGAAGCAAUCAAUCAUCCCAUAGCUGUCGCCGUACCGAUGAUAUGAUUGAAACGAUCGCAUCGUGGAUGAUUGACUGUAUUCCGUGAAUGAGAUUUGCAUCAAGUAGGAAAGACGAAAUGUUCACUCAUUCACUCAAUCACGGGCGAUAAAUGAG